GCAUACUGUGUGCUGACUAGGAUACUUGGAACUUUGUAUUAACUAAUUUAAUCUUCACAAUAACCCUAUACAGUGGGCACUGUUAUUUCCCCCAUUUGAAACAUGAGGAAUCAAGAGCCAAGAAAGGUUUAGGCAUUUGCCCAAGACCAUACACGUCAGCUAGGAGCUGACAGAUCUGGGAUUUGAAUAGCACCAAUUCAUUUUAUUACCACAAGGCUCUUGAGGUGAUGCCUCAGGAUCUGUUUCAGAUGUAGGAGAUAGAGAUCCUUCUCCCGGUAACAGUGCUUAAAGCAGAAGUUUAUUUCUGUCUCACUUGAAUGAAGCCUGGGGUGAAGGAGCUCAGGGCUUCUAUGUCAAACCCAAGGUCGCUACGCCAGCUCCAGCCAUUACCUCUGCAUCCCAGGCGGCAAGAGGUAGGAAUAGCUGAAGAGGGACAGUGCCUACUUUUAAGAAAAAUUCCCAUGAGAUUUUUCUGUUUAAAUUCCAUUGGUCAUAACGCAGUCGCAUGGCCACAUCUAACUAUAGGGAGGCUGGGAAAUUGCGACAAACCCAUAAUCCAGCUUCCUCUGCCCAGAGAAGAAAAAACAUACCUGGACUGUUGCUAAAGCAAACCGGAUGUCACAGGAGGGGCCCAGGUGGCCUAGGAGAAGCUUCGGGAGCCCGACUGCAGCCUGGUCAGGCACAAAAUCUUUCUCACCACUAAGAAAGAUGGGGUGGGAUGCUAUGGAAUAUGACGAGAAGCUGGCCCGGUUCCGGCAGGCCCACCUCAACCCCUUCAACAAGGAGACUGGGCCACGGCAGCAUGAGCAGAGGGCCAGCAAGGAGGCCCCAGAAGUCACUUCUGAAGAGGCCCUGCCCGAGCUGCCGCCUGGAGAGCCGGAGUUCUGCUGCACUGAGCGAGUGAUGGAUCUUGGCUUAUCUGAGGACCACUUCUCCCGCCCUGUGGGUCUGUUCCUGGCCUCAGACAUUCAGCAGCUGCGGCAGGCCAUCGAGGAGUGCAAGCAGGCAAUCCUAGAGCUGCCCGAGCAGUCAGAGAAGCAGAAGGACGCUGUUGUGAGGCUGAUCCACCUCCGGCUGAAGCUCCAGGAGCUGAAGGACCCCAGUGAGGACGAACCCAACAUCCGAGUCCUCCUGGAGCACCGUUUCUACAAGGAGAAGGGCAAGAGUGUCAAGCAGACCUGUGACAAGUGCAACACCAUCAUCUGGGGGCUCAUUCAGACCUGGUACACCUGCACAGGAUGUUAUUACCGAUGUCACAGCAAGUGUUUGAACCUCAUCUCCAAGCCCUGCGUGCGCUCCAAAGUCAGCCACCAAGCCGAGUAUGAGCUGAACAUCUGCCCAGAGACAGGGCUGGACAGCCAAGAUUACCGCUGCGCGGAGUGCCGGGCACCCAUCUCCUUGCGGGGCGUGCCCAGCGAGGCCCGGCAGUGUGACUAUACGGGCCAGUACUACUGCACCCAUUGCCACUGGAAUGACCUGGCGGUCAUCCCUGCACGAGUCGUGCACAACUGGGACUUCGAGCCGCGCAAGGUGUCCCGCUGCAGUAUGCGGUACCUGGCUCUCAUGGUGUCUCGGCCGGUGCUCAGGCUCCGGGAGAUCAACCCUCUGCUGUUCAACUAUGUGGAGGAGCUGGUGGAGAUCCGGAAGCUGCGCCAGGACAUCCUGCUCAUGAAGCCCUACUUCAUUACCUGCAGGGAAGCAAUGGAGGCCCGUCUGCUCCUGCAGCUCCAGGACCGGCAGCAUUUCGUGGAGAACGAUGAGAUGUACUCCGUGCAGGACCUGCUGGACGCGCACACGGGUCGCCUGAGCUGCUCCCUCACUGAGACACACACGCUCUUCGCCAAGCACAUCAAGCUGGACUGUGAGCGGUGUCAGGCCAAGGGCUUUGUGUGUGAGCUCUGCAGAGAGGGUGACGUCCUCUUCCCCUUCGACAGCCACACGUCCGUGUGCACCGACUGCUCUGCCGUCUUCCACAGGGACUGCUACUAUGACAACUCCACCACGUGCCCCAAAUGUGCUCGGCUCACCCUGCGCAAGCAGUCACUCUUCCAGGAGCCUGGUCCGGACGUGGAUGCGUAGAGCAGCAGGCGCCCCCCCCAGGCCUUUCUGGCAUUCAACCUGCCAGUGAUUGCCAAAGUCAAGGUGUUUCUUGUGUUCUGGAGACCCCUAGGGCCCAGCCGCAGACCUCUCUCCGGUGCUGGGCCAACGGGUUGUGAGGAUCAUCAUCCUUGUCCCAGGCACUUGCUGGGACUGGGGGCAGCCUCGUGGGGCUCUUUCCUGGGUGUGCUGCUGGGAAAGCGUGGGGUCCAUGAACAGGGAAGUGGGGUGAGGCUUCUUACCGCCCCCUGUGGCAACGAACCUUGAGGAGGCCCUUGGGGUCAAGGCCGCUGGGCUUUGGCCACCCUGAGAACCCCUAGAGGGCUUUGGGGGAGUGGCCGAUAAGCCCCGGGAAUGCUGGUUGCAGACACCCAGGUGUGGCCUGAGUUUCCUCUGCAAUGGAUGGUUUGGAUCUACCUGGAGGCCCCCAUCCUCUUCACCCCUUGUGUGGGGACUUGUAGGUGGCCCUAACUGGGGUGGUUCAUGACUGUCUCCUGAGAGCCCUGCUCCUGCCUCUCAAGGUUCUCUCUCUCUGGGUUCUCCUCCGACAGGGCCCAUCCAGGGGGUUCCCACCUCCGUACAAUAUGGAGGGACAGGGGCUGUGAGGUUCUUUCCCCUGGGUGGACCAGCCCCCGCUCCUCCCUUUGUGCUUAUUGUGGUGCUCCAGACUGGGAGGCUGGGGGUCCGGUGGAAGAGGCUGUCCUCCUUCCCAGCUGGCAGCAGGGACUGUGCCCCGGGGGGAAGGUCUAGGUUAGGCAACAGGGUUGGCUGCAGUCAGAUCUUUGCCAGAGGGGCUCCCUGUGCCAUCUGAGGGCUCUGGACAGCUUACAGACCACCACCAGCCACUGGUCUUUUGUUUGGGGGCCUGAAGUCGGGCACUGGGAGUAUUUGCUCAAGGGAGCUUUGGGCAGGGAUCCCAAAGCAUGUGCAGGAAGACCGAGGUUCGGAUGUGGAAGGUCCUGUACCCCUGCCGGCAAAUGGAACCCCGGGACAGAGGGUGAGAACUCCCAGAUCUUCACCGCAGGAGCCACUGUUGGCUCAGUAUUUGCGGGGUUGUUUUGUGCUUCAGAGACCCUGCCCUAGGGGGGGUCUGUGGGAAGAGAAUGUUCCGUGGUGUGACUCUUAUCUUUUGUACCCUCGUGUCUGGAUGGCGCUUGGCUGCUGAUGUGCACAGGUGAUGGGCUCAGGUGGUGCUGGUGGAGUGUAGUCCCUUGGACGUCUGUUACCUUGGACUGGUGGCAGAAAGGUCAGCUUAGCUUGUUGGCUGACAAGAAUGGUGGAUAAAGACAGCGCUGCCUCCUCCUUGCUUCUCUGCGCCAUCAGAAAGCCUCCCAUGGUGGCCUUGGGCAGUCCUCUAGUGGUGUGCUCUGAUCUGCUUCAGGGUGACAGUGACAAGCAAACCACUGGAGAGGCUGGACCAGCAACAGGUCCCUAUCCUGCUUCCCCUUCCUCUCCAGGGCUGAAGAGGAAGCUUACGGGCCAAGUGCCCUUUUCCUACACCCCCAAGUGCACAUUUCUCACCACUAUGUUCCAUUUCUGUCACAAGGACAUUGGCCGUUCCUGUAUCUCCUGUGUAGCGAACAUCACAUUAUUCCAGUUACAAUCACCGUGUCCGUAGGAAGCAUUAAUAAUACCCUGGUGUCUGCUGGACAAAGAGUUGGCUCCCUUUUCUUUUUGACCAAGCCCAUUUCCUCCUUCCCAAUGUUUCCACUUACCCUGUUGGAAUGGCAAAGUCUUUAAACAAAGUUGUGUGUGGGUCUUGGAGUCCACAGCAUGGUACAAAGACGCCCAAGACCCAGUCUGCAUGGCCCGCCCUCCACAGAGAGCAGCAGGGGUGUCCCGCCGUGAUAAUGCUGCGGCUGCUGUCUCAUUAAAUCCAUGUUCUCUACACUCUGGUGCACGUGGUGAAUUGGGGACAAGGCAGUUUGUUGACACGCAGACCAAGUGCAGGCUUUGGAAAAGCCCAGUAUUCCCCAUCCAAUGGGGUCAAAUGUGAUCUGUUCUGGGCAGAAGUUCUUGAUGGGAAUCAGAGGGCCAAGUUUGUGGCUCCCUGUCAGCUCCAUUUCUGUGAAUGGUGAGAACACAUACCUUGUGGGGAGUUUAGGGUCUAGGAAGUAUUGAGCACGGGGCCUGGCAUGCAGAUAAUGCUCGGUCUUCUAGAGUCCUCAUUGUGGACUUUUGUUAACCCAAGGCAGUCACCGAAAAACUGGAUGGCCGUGCAAGUCAAGGCCCAGCUUCCAGCAGCCUCUUG